AUCCCUCACAAUACCACAAAACAACAUCAACAAUGUCUCCUUUGCUCUUUCUCUUCUUAUUUUCACUUUCUUGUUUCUCUGCUAAAGCUACCGUUCCUCAAUCUGCAACAUUUAAGUUUGUCAAUGAGGGAGAAUUUGGGCCAUACAUCGUAGAAUAUGAUGGCAACUACCGUGUUUUAAGCAUCUUCAGCUCUCCAUUUCAGCUCUGCUUUUACAACACCACCCCUAAUGCCUUCACCCUUGCUCUACGCAUGGCAACUAGGCGUUCAGAGUCGUUGUUCCGGUGGGUUUGGGAGGCCAACCGGGGCAAUCCCGUUCACGAAAAUGCCACGCUAACGUUCGGCACUGACGGGAAUCUCGUCCUUGCCGACGUUGAUGGCAGAAUUGCUUGGCAGACUAACACAGCCAACAAGGGCGUCGUGGGGCUCAAGUUGCUGCCUAAUGGUAACAUGGUGCUCCAUGACUCCAAGGGGAAUUUCAUCUGGCAAAGUUUUGAUUACCCCACCGAUACACUUUUAGUGGGCCAGUCUUUGAAGGCCAGAGGCGUGAACAAGCUUGUAAGCCGGGCUUCAGAGAUGAAUAAUUCUGAUGGGCUUUAUAGCUUGGUCAUGGAGCCCAAAAGAUUGGCAAUGUACUACAAGAACAUUGUUUACUUCUCUUCUUCUCAGGUGCAAAGCGAACUAGAUGGGCCUUUAGAGUCAGUUACACUCAGUGCUGCCCCUGAAAAUGACCAAGAUUAUGCUUAUGAAAUUAACCUAGACUUCAAGGUUGCCAAUUCCACGAACAGCAGGGGUCUCAUCUUGACCAGGCCCAAGUACAACAGCACGUUGUCGAUUCUCCGGCUCGGCAUCGAUGGUAACCUUAAGGUUUUCACUUACUAUGACCCGGUUGAUUACCGUGCAUGGGAAGUGACCUUCACUCUAUUCCACAGGGAGAAUCAAAUUUAUGAGACAGAGUGCCAAUUGCCGGAGAGAUGUGGGAAAUUUGGGGUUUGUGAAGAUAAUCAAUGUGUGGCCUGCCCAUUGCCAAAUGGGCUUUUGGGCUGGAGUAAGGAGUGUGAGCCUAAGAAGGUGACCUCUUGUGCGCCAAAAGAUUUUGGAUAUUACAAGGUGGAAGGAGUGGAUCAUUACAUGAGCAAGUACAAUGAGGGUCAAGGGCCCAUGAAGGAGGGUGAUUGUGGGAAGAAAUGCACCUUGGAUUGCAAGUGUUUGGGGUAUUUUUACCACAGGGAAACAUCCAAAUGUUGGAUUGCUUAUGAUUUGAAGACCCUAACUAAGUUCUCCAAUUCUACACAUGUGGGUUAUAUCAAGACACCCAACAAGUAAUGAAAAAGUUGGAGCUAAGCAUGCCAAUGAACUGUUGGUAGAAUGGGAAUCUUUUAUGUGUGUGUGUGUUUUUUUUAGGUUUUUUUUUUUUCUUGUUUGGUAUUGUAUUUCAAAUGUUAAUAAUAAGAAAUUGAAGUUUGAAUU